AUGUCCCCCAUUGACAUUGACCUGUCAUCUGAGCUCCCCUAUCAGGAGGGAAUUACAGGCCACUGCUCAGCACCCACAGCCAGAGGGUGCGGCCAAGGAGCCCAGGGACCCUUCGGUCUGAGGGUGGGCCUCCUACUGAGAUCCCCCCCUUUCUCUUUUUCCCCCUGCUCUGCCUCCGGUACCUGCUGCUGCCGCUCCCAGGAGGUGGAGGAUGACUACAUCCGGAGCUGGGAGGACAACCAGCAGGGAGAUGAAGCCCUGGACACCACCAAGGAUCCCUGCCAGAAGGUCAAGUGCAGCCGCCACAAAGUGUGCAUCGCCCAGGGCUACCAGCGGGCUAUGUGCAUCAGCCGGAAGAAGCUGGAGCACAGGGUCAAGCAGCCUACCCUGAAACUGCAUGGAAGCAAAGACAUCGUCUGCAAGCCCUGCCACAUGGCCCAGCUGGCUUCUGUCUGCGGCUCGGAUGGCCACACUUACAGCUCAGUGUGUAAACUGGAGCAGCAGGCGUGCCUGAGCAGCAAGCAGCUGGCGGUGAGAUGCGAGGGCCCCUGCCCCUGCCCCACGGAGCAGGCCACCACGGCCACCACUGGCAACCAACCAGAGACCUGCACAGGCCAGGACCUGGCCGACCUAGGGGAUCGGCUGCGGGACUGGUUUCAGCUCCUUCACGAGAACUCCAAGCAGAACGGCAGUGGAGCCAGCCCCACCACCGGGCUCGACAAGAGUCUUGGGGCCAGCUGCAAGGACUCCAUCGGCUGGAUGUUCUCCAAGCUGGACACCAGCACCGACCUCUUCCUGGAUCAGAGGGAACUGGCCGCCAUCAACCUGGACAAGUACGAGGUCUGCAUCCGCCCCUUCUUUAACUCCUGCGACACCUACCAGGAUGGCCGCGUCUCCACGGCUGAGUGGUGUUUCUGCUUCUGGAGGGAGAAGCCCCCCUGCCUGGCGGAGCUGGAGCGCAUCCAGAUCCAGGAGGCCGCCAAGAAGCAGCCAGGCGUCUUCAUCCCGAGCUGUGAUGAGGAUGGCUACUACCGGAAGAUGCAGUGUGACCAGAGCAGCGGGGACUGCUGGUGCGUGGACCAACUGGGCCUGGAGCUGGCGGGCAGCCGCACGCAUGGGAGCCCUGACUGCGACGACAUUGUGGGCUUCUCCGGGGACUUUGGGAGCGGUGUCGGCUGGGAGGAUGAGGAGGAGAAGGACGCAGAGGAAGCUGGCGAGGAGGCCGAGGAGGAGGAGGGAGAGGCUGCUGAGGCUGACGACGGAGGCUACAUCUGGUAGAUGGCUGCGGGGAGCCGGGCAGGCCAGGGCGCCAACGGCCAGGGAGACAGGCUGGCAGGGACCUGGGCAGACGCAGGCAGCCUAGCAGGGGACCCAGAAAAUACAGCGGGAGGACCUGUCUCUGCCAGGUAGAUGUGUGUGUGUGUGUGUGUGUGUGUGUGUGUGUGCAUGGCAUGUGUGUGGUAUGUGUGCCCGGGUGCGUGAGUGCGUGUGUGCGUGCAGUAUGCGCUGAGAGCGUGCCCUUGACCCACGCUGCUCCUGACGGAGAGCCAUCCCAACGCCGCGUUUGGCCUCCACACAGUUUUCUUUCCAUUUGUGGUUGGUUUCAAAAUACCCAUGUUCCUGCCCACACACUUGCCCCAAGGUCAGAACUGAUGAAGAGAGAGGCCCUGGCCACACUGGCUCCUGACGCCCUGGUCUGGUCCUCUCCCUGGUGCCACAGCCCUGCCUCCUUCUGCCCAUGCCCGUCCUUCUCGCUUUUCCGCUGGGGUGGGUCAGGGUUGUCCCCUUGGCAGGGAGUUGUUGCAGGGGGUUCUCUGCUGGCUUCCUAUCCUGCCAGGUUGGGUCCCUGUGGCUGGGACCUCCUUCUAGCCUCAGCAAGCCCCUCCCACCAUCCCAAUCCAUAGCGACCAGAAGCCACUGGGAGCAGUGCUGAGAAGGGGCUGGGGGUGGGAACUGAGAGGCAGGGGAGGAGAAGGCCCGACCUGGUGGCCAGAGGUCCCUCCAGAGUGAGGAGGAGGAGGAGGGGCUGGCUCAGCAGUGGGCGCAGAGGGACAGAGGUUGGUGGACAUUUUCGGAGCGGAGGCUGGCACAGGGCUAUGUAGGUGUCCAGCGUCUGGCUCCUAUGUGGAGCAGCAGGGGAUGCCACUCCCCCCGUUGUCCAUUCUAGGGAUCUGAGUAUCAGGAGCGGCAGGUGAGGGGUCCAUGGCCUGGUUAGGGGGCUGUGGGUGCCCCUUCCUUAAAUGUACCCCUCCCUCCCAGACCCAUGGGCUAUGUUGUCCUGGAGGCCCCUUGAAAGGGCAGAUGAGAGCCGGUAACCUUCCUGCUCUUCCUCCCCCUCAGGGAGCAGCUGCAGUGGCCCUCGGGGUCUCCCUCUCAGACACCGAGCCCGCCCGCAUGACUGCUCUGGGGGUGGAGGCUCCCUGACUCUGUUUGAGGCUGUGCUGUUUUGGGCUGGGCAGUGACAAGUCAGAGGACAGGGCAGGGGCAGCUGGGCUCGGAAACCACACCUCACUGUUCUCCCAAAUCUCCUUACCACAUGGAGCCAGAUACGGCUUCCUUCCCCCCUUUGAAAACCCUGCCUUGCUGGCCCUGCUGAGGCAGAUCCCUGAACAAUUGUGGUGACAAUUGCUUACCUAGAUUUAAGCCCCUGAUACCUUCUGGGUAUAGUGAGCACUGUGUGUGUGUGUGUGUGUGUGUGUGUGUGUGUGUGUGUGUGUGUGUGUGUGUGUGUAUAGAGCACCGGGUAUAGUGAGCAGUGUGUGUGUAGAGCACCGGGUAUAGUGAGCAGUGUGUGUGUAGAGCACCGGGUAUAGUGAGCAGUGUGUGUGGGUGUGUAUGUGUGUGUGUGUAGAGCACCGGGCACCCUGUAGGCAGUGUGGGUGGAGUAGGGGUGUGGGCCCCUGUGGUGAGGCUUCCUGGCCAGGGAUCUCAGCCUGGCUCCCCCCAGUGUCUCCCAGCCUUUGAAGCAUCUACCGGACUUUACCUCCCUUGGCUGCCCCUGCGAUCCACCCUGAAACCAACCUCCCCAGGUCUCUUUGGGGGAAAGAAUGCAGCUCCUGGUAGCCCCAUAAAAGGCUUCUCAUUCCACAGCGCGGUUCUGACCACCAAGGUGUCUCGCUGACCGUGGCUCUCCACAUCCCCCGCCCCCCAGCCCCUGGCUUCCUGUCUGCCCACUGCCCUCCCCAGAGCAGCCCACCCCGCCCCCGCUCCCAGAGCUACUUGAAGCUUCCUGCUCCCGCUAGGACUGGAGUCCGUCUGUCUGUCUCUUCCCUCCGCCCCAACUCCGACUUCACCGCUGCCCGCCUUGGGCAGGUGCGGAGGAUCGGGGCCCCGCGUGGGGAGGGGCGCUCUCGCCGCCCCGCCCACUAGGUGCCUGUGCCCGUGCUGUCUUGGUCGUCUGGUUGUGCACGUGUAUAUGAGCUCCUUGACCAUGUAAAUAUGUGUUGGAAUGAAAGCGACAGGCAAGAACUAGACCCUGGUGGGGCAGCCUCGCCGUCUCGGAAGACCCCACUCCCCCUUCGCUCUUCCCCUUGCUCUGAGACCGAGGCCACCCCUAAGGUGGACCCCUGCAGCUCCGGGGCUCCUGUUGGCUGAGGAGCUUGAGCUGGCCCCGUAAAGAAGGUGCGGGUGGGUUCUUCCUCCGCCAUGGGCUUCAUCCCACUGCCGCUGCCCCAUUGCCUUCUCCUAGGUGGGCAGGUGGGGUGGGGUGGGGCUUGCUGGGGAAGAUGUCAACCAAAUCCUACAGAACUUUCUUGGCUGGCCAGCCCAGCCGCCUUGGCCCAUGGGCGCUGGGAGAGGGGGGCAGGUGUAAGGUGGAGGGUGGCUGGGGUUGAGAGAAUCAAUGUGCCUUGAGGGACCACCCAGAGAGAGCCCAAGGGUGCUGCGAACACAGCGUGGUGUGUGAGCUCAGGAAGGGGGCAGAGGAAGGCGACACUGACCGCCCGGUGUCCCACUGAUGUCAUACUGCCCCACCCGCCCUCCCCGCCCCCAUAUUCAGCCCUUCAUGAUCUCCAUCUGCUUCCAACUUCACCUGAGUGGAGCCUAUUGGCAUCCACACCCGACCCUCCAUUUCCCCGUGGCUCGAAGCCUCCUAGCCCUCAGCCCUUGGGGGGAAGGGAUGGCUGACCCUGGGGUCAUUGUCAGGCUGUGGGCAGACAGAGGUCAAAGGGCAGAGACACUGGGGGUGCAGAGGAGACCUGAGACAACCCAAGGAAGCCCCUAACCGAGCAAACUGCUUUGUAGCCCGAGGCCAAUUUGAACUGUGUUAUGUGCAAUAACUGAGCUUAGAAUUAAGAAUUGUGUUCAAGUGCUUGGGUUUCCGUCCGUAUCUUUAAGUGCUGAAAUCGUAUCUCUCAGUAAUUUUAGAUGUCUUAAAAAAAAAAAAAAUCAAAAACACAAGUGUUAGACCGUGUGUGUGCAUUGAUGGGCACCAAGCAUCCUGUGGAUCACCCUGACCCUCGCCCUGCGCCCUCCCCGCACCCUACCCUACCCCUCCUGGGGACCCCACCUCAUGUUUGUCUGUCUGCCUAGUACUUAGCCUGAGGAAACAAGUACCCUUCACACAUGCAUAAAAGAAAGCAAAGGUUAUUUUUAAGAAAAUGGAAAAUAAAAACUUUAUAAACAC